AACAGACACGACAACAUCUCGUGAGCGGAGUUCGUACAGGGACAUUUCUCUCACGAGUGAGAUUUUGUUGGAUCUAUUUGUUGAGGAUAUUUAUUUUUGUUUUGAACCAGUUCUGGAAGAAAAGAAAGAAACUUUGGAUCUAUGCUAACCCUAUGUGGAGUUAUACAUCAGCUUUAAAGCCGAAGAGAAGGAAUGCAUCAUUUCUUUGUGAAACUAAUAUUUCUGUUGUCAGUGAUCGCUUUAACACGAGGUCUGAGAUGCAUCCGUUCCUCUGAAUUAUGCCUGAACGGAGGGAGGUGUGAAGCCUCCCAGGACGGAAACGGAGAAUGCAAGUGUCCCGACAAUUUUGUGGGCAACAGGUGUCAGUUUGCCAACCUGUGCCACCAGCACCCAUGCAGGAAUGGUGGGACAUGCCACCUGGUCCCCCGGGGGGACAAGAUGGACUUCACCUGUACCUGCCGUCUGGGCUUCACUGAUGACCUGUGCCUGACGCCCAACAACCACGCCUGCCUCAACUCCCCCUGCAAGAACGGAGGCUCCUGCAACCUGCGCAGCCUCACCACCUACGAGUGCAGCUGCCCGCCCGGCUGGUCAGGGAAAACGUGCCAACAGGCCGACCCCUGUGCCUCCAACCCCUGUGCCAACGGCGGACAGUGCACCCCCUUCGAGUCCCACUACAUCUGCACCUGCACGUCCGCCUUCUCUGGGCUGACGUGCAAGCAAGACGUGAACGAGUGCGCCCUGAGCCCGUCGCCCUGCAAGAACGGGGGCGCCUGCAUCAACGAAGUGGGGUCCUACCACUGCGCAUGCCCCGCUGAGUACACGGGAAAGCACUGCGAGACGCUCUACGUGCCCUGCAACCCUUCGCCCUGUCAUAAUGGCGGCACCUGCGUGCAGAGGGGAGACACAUCCUACGAGUGCACCUGUCUGCCAGGUUUCACCAGUCAGAACUGUGAGCACAACAUCGACGACUGUCCCGAACACCGCUGCGAGAAUGGUGGGACCUGCGUGGACGGUGUGAACACCUACAACUGCCAGUGCCGUCCCGACUGGACAGGCCAGUACUGCACGGCGGACGUGGACGAGUGCCAGCUGAUGCCCAACGCGUGCCAGAACGGCGGCACGUGCCACAACACGCACGGCGGCUACCACUGCGUGUGCGUGAACGGCUGGACGGGCGACGACUGCAGCGAGAACAUCGAUGACUGUGCCAGCGCCGCCUGCUAUGCGGGGGCCACCUGCCACGACCGCGUGGCGUCCUUCUUCUGCCAGUGCCCCCACGGUCGCACCGGCCUGCUGUGUCACCUGGACGAUGCCUGUAUCAGCAACCCCUGCCAGAAAGGUUCCAACUGCGACACCAACCCUGUCAACGGCAAGGCCAUCUGCACCUGCCCCCCUGGCUACACGGGCUCCGCCUGCAGCCAGGACAUCGAUGAGUGUUCUCUGGGUGCAAACCCGUGCGAACACGGAGGGAAGUGCCUGAACACCAAGGGCUCGUUCACAUGCAGAUGCAUGCAGGGAUACAACGGCCCCCGCUGCGAGCUGGACAUCAAUGAGUGCAUAUCCAACCCCUGCCAGAACGAUGCCACCUGUCUGGACCAGAUCGGAGGCUUCAGCUGCAUCUGCAUGCAAGGGUAUGACGGCGUGUUCUGCGAGAUUAACGUCGACGAGUGUGCCACCAUGCCCUGCCUGAACAACGGGAAAUGCAUUGACGGGAUCAACACCUUCCGAUGCGAAUGCCCCACAGGAUUCUCUGGGAACCUGUGCCAGGUGGACAUUGACGAGUGCGCCAGCACGCCUUGCAAGAACGGGGCCAAGUGCACCGACGGGCCCAACAAGUACACCUGUGAAUGCACUGAAGGCUACGCUGGGCCUCACUGUGAAAUGGACAUUGACGAGUGCUCUUCGAACCCCUGCCACUACGGGACCUGCAGGGACGGCCUGGCCACCUUCACCUGUUUCUGCAGGCCCGGCUACACCGGCCGCCUGUGCGAAACCAACAUCAACGAGUGCCAGAGCCAGCCCUGUCAGAACGGGGGCACCUGCCAGGACAAGGAGAACGCCUACGUCUGCAUCUGCCCCAAGGGCACCUCGGGGUUCAACUGCGAGACCAACCUGGACGACUGCAAGAACAACCCGUGUGACUACGGGAAGUGCAUCGACAAAAUCAACGGUUACGAGUGUGCCUGUGAGCCCGGUUACACAGGAACGAUGUGCAACAUCAACAUCAACGAGUGCGCUCUGAACCCCUGCCACAACGGCGGGACCUGCGUCGACGGCAUCAACGGCUUCACCUGCCAGUGCCCGGAGGGCUACCACGACGCCACCUGCCUCUCGCAGGUCAACGAGUGCAUCAGCAACCCCUGCAUCCACGGGCACUGCCAGGACCAGGUCAACGGCUAUAAGUGCCUCUGUGACUCGGGCUGGAGCGGCCCCAACUGCGACAUCAACAACAACGAGUGCGAGUCCAACCCCUGCAUGAACGGGGGCACCUGCAAGGACAUGACCAGCGGCUACGUCUGCACCUGCCGGGCCGGCUUCAGCGGUCCUAACUGCCAAACUAACAUCAACGAGUGUGCUUCCAACCCGUGCCUGAAUCAGGGGAGCUGCAUCGACGAUGUGGCUGGCUAUAAGUGCAACUGCGUGCUGCCUUAUACUGGUGAGAAAUGUGAAGAUCUGCUGGCACCGUGUAGCUCUCGGCCCUGUAAAAACGGGGGAGUGUGUCAGGAGUCCGAGGACUACGAGAGCUUCUCCUGUGUGUGCCCUGAGGGCUGGCAAGGUCAAACCUGUGAAAUCGACAUAAACGAGUGUGUGAAGAACCCAUGCCGCAACGGCGCCACCUGCCAGAACAGCAUCGGCAGCUACCAGUGCCUCUGCCGGGCGGGUUUCUCCGGGCCCAAGUGUGAGGUGGACAUCGACGACUGCAAGCCCAACCCCUGCAGCAACGGAGGCCUGUGCAAAGACGGGGUGGCUAACUUCGUCUGCACCUGCCCGCCCGGCUUCCGGGGUCCCAAGUGCGAGGAGGACAUCAACGAGUGCGACAGCGGCCCCUGCAGGAACGGGGCCAACUGCACCGACUGCGUCAACAGCUACACCUGCACCUGCCCCUCCGGCUUCAGCGGGAUCCACUGCGAGAACAACACGCCCGACUGCACCGAGAGCUCCUGCUUUAACGGUGGCACGUGUGUGGACGGCAUCAACACCUUCACCUGCCUGUGCCCUCCUGGCUUCACCGGCAGCUACUGCCAGCACGACAUCAACGAGUGCGACUCCAAGCCCUGCCUCAACGGGGGCACCUGCCAGGACAGCUACGGGACCUACAAGUGCACCUGCCCCCACGGGUACACCGGCCUCAACUGCCAGAACCUGGUGCGCUGGUGUGACUCGUCUCCCUGUAAGAACGGCGGGACCUGUUGGCACAAAGGCACCACGUACAGCUGCAGGUGCCCCAGCGUCUGGACCGGCCUGUACUGUGACGUGCCCAGGGUCUCCUGUGAGGUGGCAGCCCAGCAACAAGGCGUGGACGUGGCUCACUUGUGCAGGAACUCGGGGCAGUGUCUGGACGCUGGAAACACGCACUACUGCCGCUGCCAGGCCGGGUACAUGGGCAGCUACUGCGAGGAGCAGGUGGACGAGUGCUCCCCCAACCCCUGCCAGAACGGGGCCACCUGCACAGACUACCUGGGAGGGUACACCUGCGAGUGUGUGCCAGGGUAUCACGGGGUGAACUGCUCCCUGGAUAUCAACGAGUGCCUGUCCCAGCCCUGCCAGCAUGGAGGGACCUGCAUCGACCUGAUCAAUACCUACAGAUGCUCUUGUCCCUACGGAGCGCAAGGCGUUCACUGCGAAAUCAACGUGGACGACUGCACCCCCUUCGCCGACCCCGUCACGCACGAGCCCAAGUGCUUCAACAACGGGAAGUGUGUGGACCUGGUGGGGGGGUACCAGUGCCACUGCCCGCCGGGGUACGUGGGCAAACGCUGCGAGGGCGACGUCAACGAGUGCCUGUCUGACCCCUGCGACCCCCGCGGCACCUACAACUGCGUGCAGCUCACCAACAGCUACCGCUGCGAGUGCCGCACCGGCUUCACAGGGCAGCGCUGUGACACGGUGUUCGACGGCUGUAAGGGCAAACCGUGCCGCAACGGAGGGACCUGCGCCGUGGCCAGCAACACCCCCCAGGGCUUCAUCUGCAAGUGUCCCCCGGGCUACACGGGCUCCACCUGCGAAUACGACGCGCAGUCCUGCGGCAGCCUCCACUGCCAGAACGACGGCACCUGCAUCUCGGGCAACAAGAGCCCGCGGUGCCUGUGUCCGGAGGCCUUCACCGGCCCCGAGUGCCAGUUCCCCACCGACAGCCCCUGCAACAGCAACCCCUGCUACAACGGGGGCACGUGCGAGUACACCGCCGAGGCGCCCUACUACCACUGCGUGUGCCCCACCAACUUCAACGGCCUGCUGUGCCACAUCCUGGACUACACCUUCCCCGGGGGGUUCGGCCGCGACAUCACGCCGCCGCCCGAGAUCACGGUCAGCUGCGAGAUCCAGCAGUGCGAGGAGCGCAAGGGCAACAAGAUCUGCGACUCGCUGUGCAACGACCACGCCUGCGGCUGGGACGGGGGCGACUGCUCGCUCAACUUCAACGACCCCUGGAAGAACUGCUCCGCCUCGCUGCAGUGCUGGCGCUACUUCAACGACGGGAAGUGCGACCGGCAGUGCGACAACGCCGGCUGCCUGUACGACGGCUUCGACUGCCAGAACCUGGAGGGCCAGUGCAACCCUCUGUACGACCAGUACUGCAAGGACCACUACGCGGACGGGCACUGCGACCAGGGCUGCAACAACGCCGAGUGCGAGUGGGACGGCCUGGACUGCGCCGACAACGUGCCGGAGAAGCUGGCGGACGGGCGGCUGGUGCUGGUGGUGCACAUCCUGCCGGAGCACCUGAAGAACAACUCCUUCGGCUUCCUGCGCGAGCUGAGCCGCGUGCUGCACACCAACGUGGUCUUCCGCAAGGACGGCAAGGGCGAGCUGAUGGUGUACCCCUACUACGGCAACGAGCAGGAGCUGAAGAAGCACAACAUCAAGCGCUCGGCCGACGGCUGGGCCCAGGUGCCCGGCAACGUCUUCGGCAAGAUGAAGAACAGCGUGUACAGCGUGGUCAACGCCCGGCGGAGGAGGAGGGAGCUGGACCAGACGCAGAUCAAGGGGUCAGUGGUGUACCUGGAGAUCGACAACCGGCAGUGCUACCAGCAGUCUACCGAGUGUUUCCAGAGCGCCACGGACGUAGCGGCGUUCCUGGGAGCGCUGGCCUCCAGCGGGAACCUCAACGUUCCCUACAUCAUCGAGGCAGUCACAAGCGAGAACGAGACGCAGCCCCCGUCGGAGCUGUACCCCAUCUACGUGGUGCUGGUGGGGCUGGCCCUGCUGGCCUUCGCCAGCGUGGGCGUGGUGGUGUCGCGGAAACGCCGCCGUGAGCACGGCCAGCUCUGGUUCCCCGAGGGCUUCAAGGUCAGCGAGCCCAGCAAGAAGAAGCGCAGGGAGCCGGUCGGCGAGGAUUCGGUGGGGCUGAAACCGUUGAAGAAUUCCUCUGACAUUUCUCUGAUGGACGAUAACCAGAAUGAGUGGGGGGAGGAGCCAUCGGACAUUAAGCGCUUCAGGUUCGAGGAGGAGGCGAUGCUGGACCUGGACGAUCAGACGGACCGCCGCCAGUGGACCCAGCAGCACCUGGACGCGGCCGACCUGCGCAUCCCCUCCAUGGCCCCCACGCCCCCCCAGGGCGAGAUCGACAACGACUGCAUGGACGUCAACGUCCGAGGCCCCGACGGCUUCACCCCCCUGAUGAUCGCCUCCUGCAGUGGCGGGGGCCUGGAGACGGGCAACAGCGAGGAGGAGGAGGACGCCUCGGCCAACGUCAUCUCCGACUUCAUCUACCAGGGCGCCAACCUGCACAACCAGACGGACCGCACGGGCGAGACCGCCUUGCACCUGGCCGCCCGCUACGCACGCUCCGACGCGGCCAAACGCCUCCUCGAGUCCAGCGCAGACGCCAACGUCCAGGACAACAUGGGCCGCACCCCGCUACACGCAGCCGUGGCUGCGGACGCACAGGGAGUGUUCCAGAUCCUGAUCCGGAACCGAGCCACGGACCUCGACGCCCGAAUGCACGACGGCACCACCCCGCUCAUCCUGGCUGCCAGGCUGGCCGUGGAGGGCAUGGUGGAGGAGCUCAUCAACUGCCACGCCGACGUCAACGCCAUCGACGACUUCGGCAAGUCCGCCCUGCACUGGGCAGCGGCCGUGAACAACGUGGAAGCUGCGAUGGUGCUGCUAAAGAACGGGGCCAACAAGGACAUGCAGAACAACAAGGAGGAAACGCCUCUCUUCCUCGCCGCCCGCGAAGGAAGCUACGAAACCGCCAAAGUGCUGCUUGACCACUUCGCCAACCGCGAGAUCACCGACCACAUGGACCGGCUGCCGCGCGACAUCGCCCAGGAGCGCAUGCACCACGACAUCGUGCGCCUCCUGGACGAGUACAACCUGGUGAGGAGCCCUCCGGUGCACAACGGCCACAUCGGCUCCACGCUCUCCCCGCCGCUGUGCUCCCCCAACAGCUACCUGAACAGCAUGAAGCCCUCCAUGGCCGGCAAGAAGGCGCGCAAGCCCGGCUCCAAGGGCAUCGCCUGCAAGGACGGCAAGGACAUGAAGGCGCGGAGGAAGAAGACCCCCGACGGCAAGGGCAGCCUGCUGGACAGCUCGGCCGUGCUCUCGCCCGUCGACUCGCUGGAGUCGCCGCACGGGUACAUGUCCGACGUGGCGUCCCCCCCUAUGAUGGCCUCGCCCUUCCAGCCGUCCCCCUCCGUGCAGCUCAACCACCUGCAGGGCAUGUCUGACGCGCACAUGGGCCACCUGGGCCUGGCGGGCAAGCAGGACCUGGGCCGCAUGCAGUUCGACGCGGUGCCGCCGCGCCUGUCCCACCUCCCCGUGUCCAGCCCCGGGAGCGCGGGCUCCAUGACCCUGUCCAUGGCCGGCGUGGGCGGGGCCGUCAACGGCCAGUGCGACUGGCUUCCCAGGAUGCACGGCGGCAUGGGCCAGCAGGGCCAGUUCAACCCCCUGAGGAGCACGGGCGGGCAGGGGGGGCUCCACCAGGCCAGCCCCUCCCUGCAGCACAGCAUGAUGACCUCCCUCCACAACGGCCUGCCCACCACCACCCUCUCCCAGAUGAUGAGCUACCAGAGCCUGCAGAACACCCGGCUGGGCACGCCCUCGCAGCUCCUGCAGGCGCAGCAGAUGCAGCAGAUGCAGCACCAGCAGAACCUGCAGCAGCAGAUGCAGCACCAGCAGCAGCAGAGUCUUCAGCUGCAGCACCAGAAUUCCAACAGCACCACCGGAGGACACCCCAUCGGCCAGGGCUUCAUCGGCACUGACCUGAGCGGAUCGGACCUGCAGCCGGGGUCGGGCGGCACCAUGCCCAUCCACACCAUCCUGCCCCAGGACACCCAGAUCCUGUCCUCCUCCCUCAGCCAGACCAUGCCCGGCACCCAGUUCCUCACCCCGCCCUCCCAACACAGCUACUCUGCCCCUAUGGACAACACCCCCAACCACCAGCUGCAGGUGCCCGACCACCCCUUUCUGACCCCCUCCCCAGGAUCGCCCGACCAAUGGUCAAGCUCCUCCCCACAUUCCAAUAUGUCCGAUUGGUCAGAAGGCAUUUCCAGUCCACCGACAAGUAUGCAGUCUCAGAUUGGACAUAUUCCUGACCAGUUCAAGUAGGGAGCUCGCAGUCUUCCCAGGCCAUGGUGGACUGCUUGAGAUUUUGUGAAAUUUUAAGAAACUCUUAAGUGCAAAGUCUUUCAGAAAGCAGAGGGGAAAAUAAGAACAACUGAUUUGACUGAAGGAUCCCUUUUUUAUAUGAUUUUAUACUAACGAUGAGAAUUAUGUUGCAUUAAUUUUGUAUUUAUUUAUGUUCUUUAUACUUUACUUUGGAAAUAAGAAACUGUUUUUUUUAUUUAUGCUUUUUGUUGUGUUGUCUGCUAAAGGAAUCUUGGGGGCCAAAGACUGAGGCCUGUGACUGUGUGGAGGAGUAGCUUUUGUAGAAAAAGAAUGUAGUCUAUUUUAUGUUAGUGCUUUUGUCUGCAGUAUAACAGAAAGAUUCCUGAUUAUGUAAACACUGGGUAUUUAUUGGUGUCUUAAAUUGUUACUUUAUUGAUUGGAUUGUGCACCAAUUUUAUUUUUCAUUUUUAAGUUUAUUGUGAUGCUAUAUAAUCUUGUGUAAAAAGUGAAUGUUCUGUUUGUUUUUUUGUAUAUUUUACCAGACACAUUUUUUAAGUUUCAGUAUUAUUUAGAUUUAUAUUUGUCUUUUAACAGAAACUAGAUUUUUUUCUCGCAUAUUGACAGAACCAGAGUCCAUAAGCUAAGGUCUUAUUAUUCAUAUCUGUACCGGUAAAGUCGAUGGUCAAUAUUAUGUCUUAAAAUGGCUGGAUGGAUGAUGGUUGUCCCUUUUUUUAGAGUACUGUUCUGCCACUUUGGUAAAUAUAAUAAUCCUUUUUAUCAAUUUUAAGAAAUUUUUUUUUCAAUAUUAGCCUGAUUCUGAACAAUAUCAGAGAUCCAGGGGCUACACUUGAUGUGAGUGGCAAGUUUGUAGGUCGUUUCUCUUGCUGUGCACAAAGCAUCAGGAAGCACCUGCAUUGGGCACAGCCUGUUUCAGUCACUAUGGUUGGUCUCCAUGGUGACAUGAGUGGACACUGCUUGUGAGGAUAUUUGGCUGCUGACUCACCCUUCCUGUAAAUGGGUAUGGGGUUCACUCUGGGUAAACGGAGAUGGGCACAGGAGUAUCCCGCAGCUAGGAUACGCACACAAGGUCAGGCUGCAGUCCUUCUGCGACCCUGCGCCUCCUUUUUUUUAACCUGUAAUGAAAAAUGGUCAAGUAGGCCAAGUUAUUUGAGGAUUCGCAGAGGCGAGUGUGAAGAAGUAUCCCUCCUCUUCUUCGUUGUGAAUCUCGAUGUCAGUCAUAGCCUGUUUGAAAUGAACAAACUAUGGCUGUGUAAAUAGUGUGUGUUCACGUAAGCAGGAUUUUGUUUCAGAAAUCUUAAGUCUUAAGCAUGUCAUGCCAAUAAGAGAUGUCACAACCACUCCAAGGCUUUUCUCCACCACAUUUAGAAGUCAUACAUGCACCUGAGUUACUCAGUGUUACUGAGUUUGAGAUAAAUAUAAAUAUAUGGAAAUGUAUAAAUACAACAAAUGGGAGAUAUCUGAAGUCCCUUUGCUGAUAAAGAAUAACAUAAAUAUUGAGUCUAUAUAAAUCAUUAUUUAUUGACUUGUAUUGUCGUACAAGAUAGUCCACUGGGUAUCCUUGGGGUUUAGGAUAUAGAGUUAAGAAAAGGGCGAUUGUAAAGGAGAGCUUCAUUUGUAGAGUCCCCAUCUGGUGCGAUGUUGUGACAUCUCUAAUGCUUUGUGAAGAGCAUUGGACAAUGUCAGUUCUUACUGUCAUGUUUUAUAAACUAGGCUAUAGAUGAAAUGUAAUAAGAUAUCUGUAAGAAAGUGACCUACCUGCAAAGUUGUAGUUUGCAACAAAAAAAUGUAUUUUCUGUUAACUGAUUUGUAAACAAUUGUUUCUUGAUACAAUAAAGGAUGCCAUUUGGUGUCAAGAUUUCACUAAAA